AGUCAGUGAAGCAUACAUAUGCGGAUGGGCGCUAUGAAAUAUACUAAACAUCAUCACCAUUGAGCCUGGGAGAAAGCGCCGGUGGGUGAUCUUUUUUUGCUCUGCACCGUGUGUGCAUUUUGAACGGGGGAAGUGAGCGUUUCAUCGCCGCGGAGAACUUCGGAAAAUGUAAAUGUCUGGCUACAUUGUAACUGCUGCGCCUUAUAUAAAAAAUGAUCACAGAGACGACGCAUGUCUUGAUGGAAUAGCUGAGACUAUACGGAUUGUGUGAAUAUCUGCACUCCACGAUCACUGUAGCCUACAUAAAUACAUAACUGACAGUAUUUCUACAGCAUAAAAAUAAGACUGCGCGAGACACCUCUAUCCUGCACCGCUGCUGCGCGAUAGCCAAGCCUACAAAAGCAAGUGUAGCCUGGGAGUAGCGAUUCAGCCCGUCAUGCCAGCAAGACAGGAAGUGUGUGUGUGAGCCCGACCAGUCCGGUGGGCUGCGCGGGGAUGAACAUGCCACUGCACCAGAUCUCUGUCAUCCCCCGUGAUGUCACUUCCUCCCGGGUCAGCGGCAGCGGAAAGUCCAAGGACAAGGACAAGGACAAACAGAAUGAGAAGCACCUGGGUCAUUCUGCCAGCAGGUCCAGCAACAUUUCCAAGGCGGGGAGUCCCACCUCCGUCAACGCCCCCUGCAGCUUUUCACGGUCAUCGGUCACCCCCUCCAACCAGGACAUCUGCAGGAUCUGUCACUGCGAAGGAGACGAUGACAGCCCACUGAUAACACCGUGCAACUGUACAGGCAGCUUACGCUUCGUCCACCAGGCGUGCCUGCAGCAGUGGAUCAAGUCCUCAGACACACGCUGCUGUGAACUCUGCAAGUACCAGUUCAUCAUGGAGACCAAGCUCAAACCCCUUCGCAAGUGGGAGAAGCUCCAGAUGACGUCUAGUGAGAGGAGGAAGAUUAUGUGUUCUGUGACGUUCCAUGUCAUCGCCAUAACUUGCGUGGUGUGGUCCCUCUACGUGCUCAUUGACCGCACUGCAGACGAGAUCAGAACAGCCGGAAGAAUCCCAGGUAUCCUGGAGUGGCCAUUCUGGACCAAGCUGGUGGUGGUAGCCAUCGGCUUCACGGGUGGCCUGGUCUUCAUGUACGUCCAGUGUAAAGUCUACAUCCAGCUGUGGAUGAGACUCAAGGCCUACAACCGGGUGAUCUACGUCCAGAACCGCCCAGAGAUGUGUAAAAAGCAAGUGUUCGAGAAGCUGCCCCUCAUGGAGCCCAGUUUGGAGCACAAGGAGGCUCUGGCCCUCACCCAGUCUGACACAAACUCCUCCCAGUACACAGAGACAGAGGACUACAGUAUGGAAGUGCUACAUGUCUGACCAACAUAUUACUGAAGCCCCCAGACCAUUUUACAUAUACUAAUACACAGGCACACUCUGGCUGACCAACAUAUACACACAAACACGAGCAAACCAAGUAAAAAACACAAAACACACAGACAUGCAUAAGACUAUAGUAUGGGGGUUGUACUAAGGUGUGAGUGACCCACCUUCACCCAUCUCCACACAGUCUGAAACAGUAUGGACCUGUCCACGCUCCCAGGACUAGACCUUCACUGGGCCAAUAGACCCCUCAUAUAUAUACACACACACACACACACACACACACACACACACACACACACACACACACACACACACACACACACACACACACACACACACACACACACACACACACACACACACACACACACACACACACACACACACACACACACACACACACACACACACACACACACACGAUCUCACUCGGCUCCAGAGGUUUCUGUUGAGCUGUUUGUUUGUUGCUUUGUGUGUUUGUUAGCUUGUUUUACUUCCUGUGGGCUAAACCAUCAUGGAUCAGUGUGUAGCGCCGCCGUUUCUCUGGAAUAUUUUAGAACAUUCUGGAACAUUGAACAUUCUAACUACUGCCACCGUACUGCUGUCGUCUGAGAGCCCGCUAAGGCCCGCUCCCCCGCCUCUCUGAGUUUGGGACUGGAUUGGACCGGAUCUGACCAUGCAUUGAAGCACUUUUUGGUUUCUACCAAUACCCCUCUCAACCCUCUUCUCUUUUAAUAUGAAUAAAGUACUUUAUAGUAUAUCCCAGCAAACAGGGGACGUCCUAAGCAACAUUGCCAUUAGGCCCCUUUUAGGGUUUUGGCUAAAUGUUAUUCCACUGCCGUUCUGAGAACAUUCUAGAAAUUUUCAAACGUGACAUUAACAUCAGGACGAUAAGGGGACGUUCAGUACUGAUCCCAGUUUGGUUGUAGUAUAACUUUAUAAUAAGGUCAUUUGAUGUCCAAUAGGGAACAUUACAAAUAGGUUCCGAUAACCGGGAAGUAGACAAAAAACACAAGACCAUGACACAAUGUCCUGACGUUCUGGGGACGUCCUAUGGACACUUUUGUUUGCAGGGAUAAGUGUGGGAAAUUGUACAGCAACAAAUAGGAAGAUUUGUGUAAAAAAUCCCUUGUUUUAUAUUUGACAUUUCUGUCCCACACACAGACCUGCCCUCCCUUGGAUGGAAAUUGUGGAAAGCAAUGAAUGAUGGGGGGGGAAUGGAAUUCUGCCGAAAUGAUCAUUGCACUUUUCACUUAACACUGAAAGUAAUGCCUAAUAUGGCCUACUGGUUACUCAAGCCCUGUGGUUUUUAAUACAACCAAAACAUAACUUUGGGAUAACAUCAGAUACAGCCAUCCACCUGACUUUACCUCCCUCUGACAUAAGAACUCUCUGAAGGCUCUGAGAAUGUAAUGUUUUUAAAAGCAUUUUCUACCAACCAUUCAUUCACAGGAAAUCGCUAAAUUGUCUCCCAUGUCAGUCAUCAUCAUAACAUGAACCUUUGGAAAACCAACCAAUCGGUCAUGUUUUUUCUAUUGUGUGAAUGAUACAGUACUUGUGGUAUUCCAUGUGCAGUUUGUAAUAAUAGUAAUCAUGGGUUCUAUAUGAUGCCUUGAGGAAGCUACAGCCUGCUAUAUUUCGACUGUUCUCUUCUCAUCCUCCUAUUGACUUCUCUGAUCACACUAAUAAUGAUCAUGCAGAUGGGAUUAUUCAAAUCCAAAUUUACAUAAGAUUAUGUGAAUUUGAUCAGAGGUAGUAAGAGAUUGGAUACACGGCCUAUUAUCAUUAUUAUGAGAGGCUCUAUGAGACAAUACUGAGCCUAUUUUUACUAUGGGGAUGAUCGUGGGUGGGUUAUACUGUAGCAUGUCUUUUUGGUUUAGUUUUAUACAUACAGUCAGUCAGUGAGACUCAGGUGAGCAACGGACAAUCACCUGAUACAGAGACCCGCGACACAACAUACAUUUUUCAGUCGAGCUAAAGUCUCUGUUGCACAGUCAGACAGCCUCCAGUUUCCAACCACGAUAACUCAGAUGUAUUAUGUUACAACGAUCAGUCCAUAACCCACCUGCUGUUUCACUAAUUAUUAUUCAAUGUAACUUAAUGUAUCGUUCUUUCUCACAUCUGGCAUUAUGAGGGUUUGAUGAGAUGCAUUUGUAAAUUGAUCAGUUUCAGUCCAGAUAAUGUUUCUAAAGUAACAUCUGAUGGCUUCUCUCCAGUAAACUAGAGUUGCCAUAUGUUGACAAUAAAGACACUGUUUCCCUGAGCCAAAUGCCUUGUGUUGUUAGUCAUAUGCAGUAGUGUAAAGUACUUAAUUACUUUAAAGUACUACUUAAGUAUGUUUUGGGGGUAUCUGUAGUUGACUUUUUAUUUGUGACAACGUUUACCCCACUACAUUCCUAAAGAAAAUAUGUACAUGUUACUCCCAUACAUUUUUCCUGACAACCGAAAGUACUCGUUGCAUUUCAAAUGCUCAGGCAGGGCCGCAAUAUAGUUGUCAUCCCUACUGCCUCUGAUCUGGCGGCCUCACUAAACAAAAAGAGUGUGAUGGAGUGUGCUCCUGUCUGUCUGUAUUUUUUCUUUUAAGUAAAAAAAAUAGUGCCGUCUGAUUUGCUUAAUAUAAUAUAUUUAAUUUAAAUCAUUUACUUUUACUCAAGUAUGAGAAAGGAGUACUUUAUCCGCCAUUGUACUGAAGUACAUUUAAAACCAGAUACUUUUAGACUUUUACUCAAGUUGUAUUUUACUGGGUCAUUGACUUUUACUUGAGUUUUUUCUAUUAAAAGGUAUCUUUACUUUCACUCAAGUAUGACAAUUGAGUAUUUUUUCCACCACUGGUUAAAUGUAACUUGGUAAGAGUCAAAUAUAAUGUCAAAUUCAAGCUGCGAAAAAAUGCAACAACAUGAUUUCUAGACUUAAUUACAAUACUGUAAAAGUGCAGAGCAUGACAGAACAUGAACUAUUGGAACUGUCAGCAAAAACAGUGUGGGGGUAAGGACCUGAUUGGGUCGCCAUCUAGGGUUGGGAGUAGGGAAGUGCAGUCUAAACAGGAGUUGUGGCCUUCUCAAGGCAGCACGGUUUUGGGCUUACAGUCUGUUGUGUAAGUGCUUUUGUAUCUGUGGGAGAACCACAUUGCCAGGGUCCUCUCAGGCCCUAUACAGCCAUUCCAGCAAACACUCAUUUUUAACAACAGUGUUUUUGAUACCAGUGUAAAUAUACAUAACAACAAGAGGUCCAACCAAUACGGCAUCCAUGACACUUCUACUGUAGAAUGGCGUCAAACAAAAUUGUUCUUUCAACAUCUGCAUUUCCUGAAAUGUAAAGCUCCAUUGUAUUCUCCAAUUGUAAAAGUCAGGUUUGGAGUUGUGGGUAGUGUAGUAUUUGAGAAGCAUGUUUGAUAAGGGCCUAAUGCUUCUCAGGACCAGCACAGAUAUGUAUUAAUACAUAUUAUUUUGUAUUAUAUCUGUGGACACUGUUUCAAUGUACGGUGUACAUUUUAGGACCCCCUCACACAGUCCCCAAGACGCUCUGUACGAUUAGACAGAAAAAGUGCAAUUACCUUAGUUGACCUGGUCAGUUCUCUAGUACUGUCGCUGUUUCUCAUCCAGAGGUUCACUCUCUGGAUACAAUAUUGCUUAAAUUGUUUGUGUUGUAUUUAUAUUUGCGUCAAAAGAUACCCCUUCAAAUUGUGAUUUUAUGCAACUAACACUAUCAGUAUAAGUUCUCAUUUACAAUUGCGACCUGGCCAAGAUAAAGCAAAGCAGUUCGACACAUACAACGACACAGAGUUACACAUGGAGUAAAACAAACAUACAGUCAAUAAUACAAUACAAUGGAUCCAAAUGAUCAUUGCUUUUAUUGUAUUCAGAGAAAUAUUUGAAUGUACAUGAUUGAUACAUUUAAAUGAUUGAUUUUUGAUGAUGUAUAACUGGGUCCUAUAAUUAUGAUUUUGAGAGUUAGAGACUUGUUGAUGUUGGACAAGGCUUUGCUUAGCCACAUGAACAGUGUUUAUUGCUAAGCCCUAUAAUAACUUUGUAAUGUCUACAGUCUCAAAAUUCCAGCAACUUUACCCAGAUUCCCAGGUUUUGUCACAGAUGAAAGAUUCCCAGAUUUCUUGAAAACCUGAGAAUUUUGGGAAAGUCAGCAACAUUUUGCAACCCUCAGCCAUAUUGUAUAACAUGACAUUUUAUUUUGGGGAUGACCCUGUCUGAGGUCUGUGUCUUUCAAAGUCAUUUCAAAUGUAAAAGAACACACAGCUCUUCUGCAGAACAUGACAUAAGCAGCCAUCCCAUAAUAACUCUUGUUGUGCUGAGAAAGUGUUACUUGCAUAAAACUACAGUGCUUUACUACGGACUUGAACAUACAAGACUGUUUCCCUCCUUCAGAUAUCAUUCCACACGUUUGUCUGAGUUUACUUAUGAAUGGUAACUGUAAAUAUAUCUUUUUUUAAAGUACUUGUUUUGGAAAAUAAAUAUUGAUGUGUUUCCAUUUGUUUAAAUCCUGAAUGUUUGAACAAAGUAUGUAGAAUGAAAAACCAACCAAAUAAAAAUUAAAACCUAAA